AACAUAAAUUAGCCACAACCGAUAGGAUUUUGUCAACGUGACUGGAAGGAUUCUCGCAUGGUCUCAACAGGACUGCCUGUAGUGGGUAAUAUAAAGCCGACCACGGGUUCACCGGCGUUUGUAGAACUUGAUCACCACGGAUACGAAUAGAAGGAUGUCCACAGCGUCUUACUCGGAGAGGAUCACAAUGGAGCCCCUGGUCGCAGCUAUCGAUCAAGGCACAAGCUCGACGAGGUUUCUGGUGUUCAAUUCUAAAACGGCAGAGCUGCUUAGUCACCACCAGGUUGGGAUAAAGCAGAGUUUCCCUAAAGAGGGCUGGGUAGAAGAGGACCCUAAGGAGAUUCUUCAGUCAGUUUAUGAGUGUAUGGAGAGGACCUGUGAGAAGCUCGGCCAGCUCAACAUAGACAUAUCCAACAUUAAAGCUGUCGGCGUGACCAAUCAGAGAGAGACUACGCUGGUUUGGGACAAAGAGACGGGGGAACCGCUCUACAAUGCCAUUGUUUGGCUGGACCUUCGUACACAGUCCACAGUGGAGAGGCUGAUCAACAGCACCCUGGGAAAGGACAAGAACCAUCUGAAGCACAAGACCGGUCUGCCCAUCAGUACAUACUUCAGUGCUGUGAAGCUGCGUUGGCUCAUGGACAACGUGGAGGAGGUCGCCGAGGCUGUCCUGACACACAGAGCCAUGUUCGGCACCGUGGACUCCUGGCUUAUCUGGUGUCUGACAGGGGGGAAGAGUGGAGGGGUGCAUGUCACAGAUGUGACCAAUGCAAGUCGCACCAUGCUCUUCAAUAUACACACCCUGGACUGGGACCCCGAGCUCUGCAAAUAUUUUGAUGUCCCAAUGGAAAUUCUACCCCAAGUGAAGAGCUCCUCAGAAAUAUACGGUUCAAUGAACUCUGGUUCUCUGGCAGGAGUUCCCAUCUCCGGGUGUCUCGGGGACCAAUCCGCUGCUCUGGUUGGUCAGAUGUGCUUCCAGGAUGGACAGGCUAAAAACACGUACGGAACUGGCUGCUUCCUGCUGAGAAACACAGGGAUCAAGCCAGUGAUAUCAGAUCACGGCCUCCUGACCACACUGGCCUACAAACUGGGGAAGGACUCACCAGCCCACUACGCUCUCGAGGGGUCGGUGGCCAUAGCUGGCGCGGUGGUACGCUGGCUGAAAGAUAACCUGGGAAUCAUCCAAUCCUCCGCAGAGAUCGAGAAGCUGGCAGGUGAUGUGGGCUCAUCCUAUGGAUGUUACUUUGUUCCUGCCUUCUCCGGGCUGUACGCCCCCUACUGGGAGCCCAGUGCACGAGGUAUCAUCUGUGGCCUGACUCAGUUCACUAACAGAUCUCACCUGGCCUUCGCUGCGCUGGAGGCUGUCUGUUUUCAGACGAGAGAGAUCCUGGAGGCUAUGAAUCAGGAUUAUGGGGUUCCUUUGACCCAGCUCCAGGUGGAUGGAGGCAUGACCUCCAACAGACUACUGAUGCAGCUUCAAGCUGAUGUACUCUGCAUCCCCGUGGUGAAGCCGUCCAUGUCGGAGACCACGGCGCUGGGCGCCGCCAUGGCAGCAGGAGCAGCAGAGGGGGUGGGUGUCUGGAGUCUGACCCCUGGUAACCUCACAACCAUCCCCACUGACAAAUACCAACCCCUGAUCAAUCCUGAGGAGAGUGAGUUCCGGUACGCACGAUGGAAGAAGGCCGUCCAGAAGGCCAUGAAUUGGGAGACCACGGAGCCCAGCAAUGGGAACGGCCCGGUCAGCAAUGGGAACGGCCCGGUCAGCAAUGGGAACGGCCCGGUCAGCAAUGGGAACGGCCCGGUCAGCAAUGGGAACGGCCCGCACACCACUGGUAGGAUCUGCGCCAACACUAGGAACCGUUGAGGAUACAUAUGGAGUUGAAGAGGGGGAACAUACAGAAUGUAACACCCGUCCCUCCAAUAGGUCCACAUGGCACCUACAUCUGAUGGCUGUUUGAGCAUGCUGUGGACUUUCCUCCUGAGAGCAUUCCUAGUCCACAUCCUGUUGCCUCCUGUACAUGUACUCAGCCCCGUUCUCUUAGUCCCAUGGACAAGGGCCCUACCUGUGAACCUUUAUCUUGGAAGAAUGGCCCAAAGAUGGAAUCAACUGAUGGAAGUCGACUGUGUGUCUGAACUGUGAUGGAAGAGACUGAUUCUCCUGUGGAAGGAAAAAAAAACAUCCAAUCGUGUCUUGUUUUCUAUGAAUUUAUUAAGCAGAUGAUAUUUUAAUGUUUUUUGUUUGUCAUAUGUUGUGCAUUUUGUCAUUUUAACAAAUGGUGACACUGUACAUUUAAAAUUUAAAAAAUAAUAAUUACACUGGUUAGUAAUAGCGCCACCAUUGAACCAGUGUUGUGAGAAUGUUGUAGGCUACAUAUCUAUAAUGUGGAAUGGAAGACCUGCUGAGAGAUGGUUUGCUACUCUGAUGAUCGUAGAUGUACCUAGUUAUAUGUGGGUCCACUUGAAGGAACCUCUGUAUGAAAAGCAUCGCAGGGUCCUUACAGCACUUUAUAAUGAUUGAUUUACGUGUGGAGUGCAUGAUAUGAGUACGAUGCUCUGUAUUUUUAAAGGGACAUUUUGUAUUUAAAAUAAAUAAAUAAUGAAAUACCGAUAAA